CCCCUCCGCGCCCCUCCCCUACCCUCCCCGGCCCUGCCUCAGUGCCUGUCCUGACUUUUGACUUUCUUAAGAUGCAUCUGCCUCUCUCCUCCUGCUGCAGACAGAUGUCGGACAGUCAACUCAUCACUGCAUCAUCGUGGCCCAGAUGAGGACCAGUAACCGACCUACAGAAUCGAACAACCAUGCCGUGUGACAGCUUGCUCUCUCUGCGAUUCUGGCGGCUGUUUUGAACUGGCUCUCGAGGCCCCAUGCAUGCAGAUAAAUAAGGAUUCAGAUCACAAUUUAUCUUCUGUAAGCCCGCAUCGUCCCCAAUUAAAGUCGCGUGGGCAUCACAGAUCUUCCCUGAACUUCCGUAUUAUCCUUGCGCCUGCAGCCGGCCGCAGAUAGACGGCUCUUAAAAUACAUCUUGGACUGCCUCGUGAAAUGCUUACUGAUGUUUGCCCUCCAGUUCACCAGAGAUGUUCCAAAUCGAUGCUCAAAGCCUGCCUUUUGUGCAGACCCGCUCGGCGCUGCUGGUCCUCGAUCUUCAAAACGACUUCGUCGGCCCCGAUGCGACUUUGCCCGUCGAAAAACCUCCAGGUUACCUCGAUAAGGUAGUAGGACUUGUUCCUGAUUUCCGAGCUACAGGCAAUGUGAUAUGGAUUCGAAGUUGCUUCCAGGCCUCGCGGCCAGUCAAUGAACCCUAUGGAGAGAGCGAGAGCGUUGUGACGGACAUCGAGUUGAACUUGGCAAAGCGAGGAGAUAAUAAUAAUUUGGGGAAGUCUGGAGAACAUGUUCCACAGCCAGAGGAUGACUUGGAGAAGAAAGAAACCAAUGGACAUGCAGUAGAGAGUGGCGCAUUACUGGCUCUGGAGGAGGAGGAUGACCCAAUUACGGAAACAUAUCUCACAGUCAAACCGGGCAAACUCCCGCAAGUUGUUUUAGCCAUGUCCCCGAACACGAAUCUUGUUCAGGUGGUUUUGAAUGCUAUGGAUGCAACAAAAGAUCUAAUAUUUCAAAAGACGUGGUACUCUGCCUUCAGAGAUGGAAGUCUCGUGCAGAUACUACGGGCCAAGUUUGUGACGGAGAUAUUCAUAUGUGGGGCUCUGACGAAUAUAAGUGUCUUUGCAACUGCUAUGGAUGCAGCACGACAUGGCUAUGCUAUCACCAUUGUUGAGGAUUGUCUCGGGUACCGGAGCAAGGAGAGGCAUGACGAGGCCCUUCGUCGACUGAUUGAAUUUACUGGCUGCGAUGUUAUAUCAAGUGAGGUGCUGGCACAAGAACUGCAAGAGAAAGCGAAAAAGCAGCCACCCCCUAGGACUAAUCAGCCACGGCCAGGACAGAAGGGAACCAAUUCUACACUCGAGCAGUUGAUGUCCAGUCUCAGUUUGAAAAAGGACAGAUCGGCAGGGAAACAGAAAGCCUCGAAUUCUACUGGAGCGUCUCCAAUUGUGGCUGCGGAAAGUGCUGGAAGCUCUCAGCGGGCUGAGAGCAAUGACUCAGAAGAUCUUCAACUCCCUUCAAAGGCAGCUGAACCAGAGAAGAAGCGCGACAGAGUCAGACAGAAAAUAAGAACUCGUCGACGUCCAUCAAACCCGCCGAAGCCAGCAGAAAGAGAACCUGGAGCUGCAGCACCUUUGUCUGAAAGAGGUCACGUGUCAACCACAGCAACACUGGAGGCGGCGACAAAAGCUCUUGAGGACUUACCCAAAACGGCAAACGAGACAGAAGAUACGCCCGCAAAGAAAGAAGAUAUAGAGUCACCAAGUCGUGAGAUGAAGUCAGAAGACCCAGCAAUGGCCAAGCUCACAGCAUCAAUGGGUGCCAUCGCCGUACAUCCUGACUACGUAGUUGAGGCUGAUCAAGAGUCUUCUAGCGAGGAUGGAUCAUCUCUUCUAUGUGAAGGUGACACGACGAUCAUUAAGAAUCUUUUAGAUGAUGAGCUUGCCGACGACAUUUUCGAAAAGAUUCGCGAUGAGGUACAAUGGCAGAAGAUGUCCCACCAAGGGGGGGAAGUCCCACGCCUGGUAGCCGUUCAAGGCUCAGUUGCCGAUGAUGGCAGCAUUCCGGUGUAUCGCCAUCCAGCAGAUGAAUCGCCACCUUUAUUACCAUUCUCAUCAACCGUCUCACUCAUCCAGAAACAAGUCGAGAAGCAUCUUGGACACCAAGUCAACCACGUCUUGAUCCAAUUCUAUCGAAAUGGAUCAGACUACAUCUCGGAGCAUAGUGACAAGACCUUGGAUAUUGUUCCAGAGACGUUCAUUGCUAAUGUCAGUCUCGGUGCCCAAAGAACGAUGGUCUUCCGAACCAAGAGACAGAAGGGAAGUGAGCCUGCCACCGAUGUUGUAGCGCCUAGAAAAGCAGCAAGAGCUGGGCUGCCUCACAACUCAAUGUGCAAAAUGGGCUUAGUCACAAACAUGCGCUGGCUACAUGGCAUUCGGCAGGAUAAGAGGUUGGCUAGUGAGAAGAUGGCAGAGGAACUAGCUUAUCAAGGUGGUCGUAUCUCUUUGACUUUCAGGCUCAUUGGAACAUAUCUCGAUAAGGAUCAGCAGAAGAUCUGGGGCCAAGGCGCUGUCGCUAAGACCAAGGAGAAGGCCAAGGCUGUCAUCAAUGGGAACACCCCUGAAGCCGAAAUGAUGCUCAAAGCUUUUGGCAAAGAAAAUCAAUCAACGGAGUUUGACUGGAAGGCAUCUUACGGGGAUGGCUUCGAUGUCCUGCAUAUCUCCAAUGCCCGAAAGCUGUUUCUGUCUGGAGAUGCGACCGCAGAUCUCCGUGUUAAGCUAUACCUUGCUGAGCUGAAUAUCGAAUGGACCGAGGGCAAGCUCUCACCUCCAUUUACAUGGAAGGACGGAAGUUCGCAUCAUGGCGCACCAGAUAUCCCAGAAAGCCUGCCCGUCAAGUUCGUCGACAACGACCUCAGCAAAACUACUGUCACAGGUGACCUAGCAAUCAUGCUCUACCUUGACGCAGUCUACGGCUCAAAAUGCAAUAGCCCACCCAAAUCCCAAGUCGAUAUCGGUCGCCAGUUUACCCGCCUCCAGCAAUCCGUCGCCUUGCAAAAGAGAUGGCGAGCCCAACCCUUCAAUGUCAAGCCCUUUCAGCACGAGCUCAAGAGUUGGGAAGCCUACGCUCGUGAGGCGCCGUAUAUUGCAGGCUCUACUAUCUCUGUGACAGAUUUUGCGGUCUUUGCUAUUUUUGAGGAGAUACGCAAUGAGUGGAAGAAUGCGGAGGGUGUGCAUAAUGUUGUGGCGUGGUAUUUUAGGAUUAGGUACAGGGAAAGUGUGAUGAAGGUGAUGGGCCGACUGGACGAGCCCGCUAGACAAAGACAGGCGGCGUUGGCGUCGUAUCCAGAUGUUAAGAAGUGGGAUGAUGACAGUGAGUAGGUGUAGCUAAAAGUGAAGUCAGUACUGCCUUUUUGGAGAUGCAGAAAGGACAUGCCUCUAGAUCAUGAGACGCUCUGUGACGGGAAGCAGAUGGAGACCUCCAAUACGGUGGCCCUUGGUGUGGAACAGCAGGGCUGGAUCAUGAUGCGCAUGGAAGCGAAGUGUCGAAGAUGUCUGCUCUCACUUCUGAUCUGCUAGUGUUGAGAUUAUUCUGCAAAGGAUAGUUAUCACGCAGCUCAUGUCUUGCAUUUAUAGAUGGACAGUAAAAGCAUUUUUAAUGACAAAGCCAAU